AUGCUUUAUUUCUGUCUCUGUAAAUCAUCGAUAUACCAUUUACGCACAACGAUACCACAAAUGACACACCAGAAUUUUUGGUACGCGAAUGUAAAAUACGCUGCAAAAAAGGAAUCCCCGAUGAAAAGCAUCGUGCAACUUUCGGAGAACGACCUAAAUAUUUUAGUGUGCUACACAAGAGCGAAGCGUAUCAUCGGACACCAGGGCACAAUUCCAUGGAUAGGAAAGUUGAAGAGCGACAUGAAAUUUGUUGCCAAGCUGACGACAACAGGUAAUGUUGCGCUGGUGAUGGGCAGAAAAACCUACCAAUCAAUCGGAAGGCCGCUUCCAAAACGAAUUAACGUUGUCCUGUCAACCACGAUGGAAGAUCACGAGGGAAUAGUGGUAAAAAAAUCGUUUGAUGAUGCUGUUAAUUUCUGUCGAGAGAAAGGCUACGUUACGGUCGUGUUCGGAGGCGAAGAGGUGUAUCGAGAGGCACUCAAGCGCAGAUGUAAGAUUUAUGCUACUGUGAUUGAUGAUAUGGAUUUCCAUGGUGAUACGUUUUUUCCCGAGACUCGAUGUGAGUACGAGUGCAUGAAUGAAGCGGUCAAACCGAUUAUUGCCGAGUGUGAGGGCGUGGAAUACGACGGAAAGGAAUUCUCUGAGAAUGGGAUAAAGUACUCGUUUUACACGGGUUAUAAUUAAAAGCUGG